GGGGGUGUUGAGUGGUUAACCAAGAGGACUGGAUUGGAGUGAGGAAAGAAAAUGGCCGGUGUUAGUGAGUGUUUUGGGAUUGGGAGUACUGUAGCUUGUAAAACAUGUUAUAAUAGAGAAAUUGAGGGCGAAGUACUUGCCUUUGAUCCUCAAACUAAGAUGUUGAUUUUAAAAUGUCCAGCAACUAGUGGUCGACCAAAUUUUAACAAUGUUCAUAUAAUUAACCUCUCAUUAGUUAGUGAUGUCCAAGUUAAAAAAGAAGUGAACACCGCCCCCGAAGCUCCACAGUCACUUAAUCUACAAAGGUUAAAUACAAGAGUGCGAAACCAAAUAGAAGAGAAAAAGCGAUUAGUCACGGCUUUAGCAGCAGGUGUUUCACCGGACGGACAAAAGCUAUUUCUAACAAUUACUAAAACUAUUUCAGAAGUGACCUGGCAGGGCUCCGAUAUAGUCGUCCUGAAUCAAGUAAUAAUAACACCUCCCUAUAAGCCAGAGAAUGUAAAAGGAAAUGCAGAUAGUAAAGCCUACACACAUAUUAAAAAAGUUGUGGAGAAGCAUGUAAAAGACCAACAAGCCUUGGAUAAUUGCAAGCACAAGGUAUCACAAUAAACUAGCAGGGUCUUGCCCUCUCCGCGCCCUUCAUACUGCAAGACCAUGACGUCUUGUCACGCAACGGCAAAUUAUAUUUGCUGGUUUAGUUUACAAAAAUGUGUAAAUCUUUAAGUCACUUUUGACUUGGACAACCACAGUACUGAAAAAAUUAUCUGCACUCAAUUUCAGUACUUUAAAAGUAAACCUUGAAGGACAAUUUUGUUAAAAAUUUAGUAGUAACCUAGUAGAUAAGAUAAAUUCAAUGGCAUGUUUGUAUCAUUCCAGUGUUAUGUUUUAAUUAAUAUUUUAAAGUGCUCGGCAAGUCCCAAACAAAACAAUGAACCUAAUUAUAUGUUAAAACCUAAAUUAAAAUAUUGGAAAUUUUAAAUUACAGUUUGUAUUUAGUGAACAAAUGUGCAUUGUUCUUAAUGCUAUCUUGAAGGGACGCUUGCAGAUCUGAUCUUUCAAGUUUAUGCUUUGUUACCUUAAUGAGAUGCAAUUGGUGGAUAACAACGGAUUUUACAUUUCUUGCUUUAUUACCUUUUUAUUAAUGUAGAAUAUGAACUUGUAAAACUACAGUACGGAUUGAUAAAUACUCAGUGAUGUGGAAUAUGAGCUAGAUAAAACUUUUUCAUACUUAAAAAAAUGAUUUGGUUUUCUUAUAAUUUGAUUGUUUUGCUUAAUGAUACUAUGCCAUCCAUAGUGUUGUAAGAUUGUAUUAAUUGCAUUUAUUAUAAAUAGUCCGAGAGCAUAACAGUUUAUCAAUUCAUGUUAGUAAUAUAAUUAUUUAAAGUACUUUUGUAUUGCCACUUUGUAAUUUUUAUCAUUAUAUAGUUGAAAGUAAUGCGAUUGUUAUUUUCUGUAUUGGGAAGUGCAUUGUAAAAUUUCUUGCAUGCAAUUUUUAAGAUCCUUGGUAUGCAUUGUAUUGUUAUUAAUUAAAUCUGUUCUAUGUUGAAAGUUUUCGUAGUUUUUACCAAAUGGUUGAGAAAUCUUGAGUUUGAAUGAACAAAUUUCGUUUAUUUAUACACUUCAUGCUUUAGUUUAAAAAUAAAUAACAUGAUUAAAACAAACGUUCCACUGUUUUUAUCAUAUUUGUUAAGGAUAACAAUUCACUGGUCUAUAUAACGAGUUACAUUUGUCCUCUAAAAUGACGCCAAGCAAUAACACUCUUGUUAUUUCACAAAAGAAACAUCCUCCAGUUGUUACAUUUCAUUAUUCAAAUUUUUGUAAAUAUUAUUUAUGAUGCGUUUGAUUUGAAUAAAGAAAGCACUGUUGUUA